UGUUGAUGGCUCGGCGGUGAGUUCAGAGACUGAAGCCGAGAGGACGCAGCACUUGACACGAUGGCUCUCCUCUCUGCGAGUGUCGGGCCCUUUCGGACGGUUCGGACGUGGACCCGAGACUUAUCCACGAUUUCAGCUCCUUUUCGCAACAGCGGUGCACUCGCGUCGAAGACGUCACUAACCCAAAGGAAAUAUGGAGGAUUUUAUCAACGCAGUUUCUCACUUGCUCGGUUACUUAGCUCAAACAAACCACCAAGAGGUUUUGAAAAGUUUUUCCCAAAGACUGAAGAACGCACUAGCUUCAACAAAUCAGUUGAAGAUGAAAAUACUAAAGAGCAAGAGUCGCUAGGAAGGGAAGGGCGGGACACAAAUGAUGAUGGGGAUGAAAGACGAAGAGGACGAAAAAAGGAAGAAUCACACUGGUGGACGCGAUUUCAGGAUGAUUUUCCCUUGGAUGAAAAAGUAGUACGGAAUCUUGCCAUCGGUGCAGCAGGCAUGGCCUCAGCUUUCCUGUACUUUUACUUCCGAGAGACGGGGGUCCAGAUCUCUUGGAGGGACUUUGUUCAUCACUACUUGAGCAGAGGUUUGGUGGAUCACCUGGAGGUUGUCAACAAACAAUAUGUGAAAGUAAUUCCUGCCCAUGGAGUGAACACAUCAGAAGUGAACUAUUUGUGGUUCAACAUUGGCAGUGUUGACUCAUUUGAGCAUAACCUGGAGAUGGCCCAACAUGAAAUGGGUCUUGACUCCCCACACAAAAUACCUGUAUUCUACAGCACUGAAAGCGACGGGACACUUCUUUUUAAUGUUCUCCCAACCGUACUUCUGGUUGGCUUUUUGCUUUUUGCCAUGCGUCAGGGACCAAUGGCAGGUGGGCGUGUUGGUAGGGGGCGUGCAAACCCCUUUAGCAUGAGUGAAUCCAAAGCCAAGAUAAUCAAAGACAACAUCAAUGUGCAUUUCAAGGAUGUUGCAGGCUGUGAAGAAGCCAAACUGGAGAUCUUGGAAUUUGUCAACUUUCUGAAGAACCCGCGUCAGUACCAGGACCUCGGAGCCAAGAUUCCAAAGGGUGCAGUGUUAUCAGGGCCACCUGGAACUGGGAAGACCUUGCUAGCUAAGGCCACUGCAGGGGAGGCCAAUGUCCCCUUCAUCACCGUCAGCGGCUCAGAGUUCCAGGAAAUGUUUGUUGGCGUGGGCCCAGCAAGGGUAAGGGAUAUGUUUGCUAUGGCUCGAAAAAAUGCCCCCUGCAUCCUUUUCAUUGACGAGAUCGACGCAGUGGGCAGGAAGAGAGGCAACGGGGGCGUUGGCGACCAGAGUGAGCAGGAAAACACCCUUAACCAGCUGCUUGUGGAAAUGGAUGGAUUCAACAGUAGCACCUACGUGGUCGUUUUGGCUGGCACCAAUCGAGCUGAUAUCCUGGAUCCAGCUCUGAUGAGGCCUGGGCGCUUUGAUCGACAUAUAUACAUAGGACCACCAGAUAUUAAAGGAAGGGCGUCGAUCUUUAAGGUGCAUUUGAGACCUCUGAAGUUGGAUUCCAGUAUAGAAGUAGAGGCUUUGGCCAGAAAGCUAGCUGCACUAACCCCAGGUUUUACUGGGGCCGAUAUUGCUAAUGUGUGUAAUGAGGCUGCUCUAAUUGCUGCACGUCACCUCAACCAACAUGUCAACACUAAGCACUUUGAACAGGCAGUUGAAAGAGUUAUUGGAGGUCUGGAGAAAAAGACUCAGGUACUGCAGCUCCCAGAGAAGACUACUGUAGCGUAUCAUGAGGCCGGACAUGCCGUGGUGGGCUGGUUCCUCGAACACGCAGAUCCCCUGCUUAAGGUGUCCAUUGUUCCCAGAGGGAAGGGGUUGGGUUAUGCCCAGUAUCUGCCAAAGGAACAGUACCUGUUCACUCAGGAGCAGCUGUUUGACAGAAUGUGCAUGAUGCUGGGCGGUCGAGUCGCUGAGCAGGUUUUCUUUCGUCGAAUCACCACUGGAGCACAAGACGACCUCAGGAAAGUCACGCAGUCUGCCUAUGCACAGGUUGUAGAGUUUGGAAUGAAUGAGGCGGUGGGUCAGGUUUCCUUUGAGCUCCCUCAGCAGGGAAACAUAGUUACUGAGAAACCCUUCAGCGAAUCCACAGCCCAACUUAUAGACCAGGAGGUCCGCUUGCUCAUAGAUGCUGCCUUCCAGCGAACACUUCAGCUUGUCACUGAUAAGAAGGAAAUGGUGGAGAAGGUGGCAAAACAUCUUCUACAAAAGGAGAUUCUAGACAAGGCUGAUAUGGUGGAGCUGUUAGGACCUCGUCCCUUUCAUGAAAAGUCAUCAUAUGAGGAGUUUGUUGAAGGGUUGGGGGAAUCUGAAGAGGACACCUCUCUCCCUCAGGGGCUAAAGAACUGGAACAAGAACAAAGGGGAUGAAAAGCACCGCCAGAGUCGGCAAAACAAAUCAGCCUUUCUCCUGUAGAUGGGCAUGCUGCCCCAAGGCAAAUAUUCCACUGGAUUUGGAUGAAAUAUUUCCAUCAGGUCCAGAGUGCAGCAAAAAAAAAAACCUGGUUCAUGUCACUGACAGCUGCAAGAGGAGGGAUAGUGAUGUGUUGGACAUCAGUGACCAAGUGACCAAGAUUAGCUAAUGUGCAAUUUUUUUUGUUGUAGCUUUUAUAUUCCAGUGAGAUUUAAAAGUCAGUAAGCUAAAACUCUUGGCACAGGGCAUUUUGUAGCUUAUAUUUCACUGGAGGUGCCUUCUGUACUCUUCCACCCACGCUCCAAUGCAGGGCAAUAACACUGACAAACAUACCACAGAACAUUUGGCAGUCAGGAAAGUUAAUGAGCUCAAGCACAAAAAAAAGAGAAGAAUUUAAAUGAAAUAUGUUUCCUAUUAUUCAGAAUUACCUGACCUUAUGUUAAAGGAACUUUAGUUACAUGUGUAUUAGCCGACAUGCUGUGCUUGUGUUGUAUGAUGGUAUCAUACACUCGCGGAGCACAUAGCUCAUAGUGAAAAGAGUGAGCAUUAAUGUAGACUUCAGUAACUGAUAGUUAAACUCUCAGCACUGGAAACAGCUGAGGAAGAAUAAAACAUGAGCUAAAAAAAUGGCACACGCUGUGAAACUGAUUUUUAACUCUUCAGUCACACUACCUCAGUCUCUGUAUUCUGAACGGCCUUUUCAAAUAUUCAUUGGUCACCAUAGUCAGACUACAGCCUGGUUAUGCUAGAUUUACCAUAUUUUAUGUUUUUUGGUUUAUGAUAGGAAGUGACUUUCAGGCUGAUGCCUGAUGUGCUUUACUGUAGUAGGUGUGGAUAAAACGAAUUACUUAGUGAUGAAAAAGUCAGGCUUAACUGACUUUUCCAUUAAUGUGUUUGUGUGGCUUUCUCCCUCUCAGUGUAUUGAAACCCUCCUGCAGCAUUUAUUAAUGUAACAACAAGUUGCUAUUAUUGAGGAAACCGUUCUUUUCAGUUAAUUUGAGGUUAUGUUUGAAUGUUUUCUCCAUUAUGAGCCAAGCAAGCUAAGCUAGAUAACUAUUCAUGUAGCAUUCUCAUUUCAUGUAUUUGAGAACCACUCUGUGAAGGGCUGGUCACACACUGUUAACUAAAUACUAAGAGUGUUUGAAUUAUUAGGCCAGUUGCUCCUGUUCUGAGUAAACAGGUUUACUAUAUAAAAGACAAAUACUUGAAUUUAUGCUUUGCAGUAUAACCAGUGUGGGCUCUUCUUGAAUUUUAAGUCAGAUUUUCCAUUAGAUGGUUAAAGGACCCUAGCCAGCAUGAGUCUGGUUGUACAUCAGUGUGUAUGAUGGAUAGUGUGUGUUUUGUGCUUGACUGUGUACCGUUUUUGCUUGAGGAAUGUUUAUUUUUACAUGUCAGGGAGGAUUAUUGGUUUUAUAUUGACAUGAAAACAAAUGAAAACAUGAAAUGUGAGGCUCUUGUGGUUCACACCAAUAUUAAACCAUUUUUAUACUC